CACGGAUGUGGCCUCCAGUCGUCAUCGCGACAGACGACGAGGCACUUCACACCGCAAAAAAACAGGGAUUAUAGAUUCUGUAAUUUUUUAACUGGGAAAUUAUUGAGAAUGAGUCUAGACGAGUACUACGAGGUCGCCCUUGACCUCGUCAAGCAAGCCGGAGCGAUUAUUCGAGAGAGAAUUGACAGACCAAAAGAUGUAUCACUGAAGUCCUGUGAUGUUGAUCUCGUCACUGAAUCCGACAAAGAGGUUGAGAAGCUGUUCAUAGGGGGAAUCUCCUCGCGAUACCCUGAUCACAGAUUCAUUGGCGAAGAGACGACAGCUUCUGGCUCCAAGGCCCAAUUAACAGAUGCUCCAACGUGGGUCAUUGAUCCAAUUGACGGUACUAUGAAUUUUGUCCAUGGGCUUCCACACACUUGUAUAUCAGUCGCACUACUCGUUGACAAAGUUACGGAGAUGGGAUUUGUCUAUAAUCCAGUUAUCGAGCAACUCUUCACUGCUAGAAGGGGACGGGGGGCUUUUUUGAAUGGAAAGCCAAUUAAAGUGUCUGGGGAGAAAGAAUUGAAAAAGGCUCUUCUCAUGGCGGAAAUGGGGACCAGUAGAAAUGCAGAUAAAAUGAAGGCGGUUAUGGAAAAUUUGCAGAUUCUAGUGCCAAAAGUUCACGGAAUUAGAACUCUUGGCUCAGCAGCUCUGAACAUGUGCAUGGUAGCAAUGGGAGGUGCCGACGCGAAUUUCGAAUUCGGUGUUCAUGUUUGGGACUUUGGAGCUGGGGAUUUAAUCGUUCGCGAGGCUGGUGGAGUUGUAAUCGACCCUGCAGGUGGACCCCUCGAUCUCAUGAGCGGUAGAGUCCUCUGCGCCUCUUCCAUGGAACUCGCCAAAGAUAUAGCAAAGUUACUCGUUCAGUAUUACCCCGAGAGAGAUUAAAACUCCGCAACUGACUCGAAUAACCAAAUUCAUGUCAAGAUUACCCGGAGAUUUGUUGAUAGCUCCUGGGAAAUUCUCCCAAUUGUUGUGAAUCGAAGCAUUUAUCAUUUACCUCUCAAAAUAUUCAAAGCACGAAGAGACUUAUUUUCGUCUGAUGUACUUAAAGAACUGGACACAAUACUUUCUAUUCAAUAAACAUUGGUAGCAAUGAAAAUUUUCUCAUUAA